UUUGUCAACAUAAUACAAUCAGUUUUUCGCGAUACACCAACGGAAAUAUACGAAAAAAAAUUCGACUUGCAGUGAAAUUUUAAGUCAAACAAAAUAUUUGAAGUUAAAAAAAAAAUAAAAACUAUAAAAAUGAAACAUUUAAUUGCUCUAAGUAUUCUAAUACUUUCACUUCUGAUAAUACCCUCAAAAGCUGAUCUUUUGGAAUGUGAUGAGAAAAUUUUACCAUCCUUAAGUGAAAUACCCGGCAUUGGACCUAAAAUAGCUAGCGCUGAAGAUACAGGAGAUAAAAUAGGCGAUUUCUUUAAGAAGAUAGGAUGUGAAGUGAAGAGAGGUGCAAAGAAAUUUGGUGAAAGUUUCAAGCAGAAUGCCGAAAAAAUCAAUGAAAACGUUAAGGAAGGUGUCAAGAAAUUCACCACUAAAGCCAAAGAAGUUGGUUCGGAUUUAAAAGUAAAAUUCCAUGAUUUUAAGGAUCGUUUACAUAAAGAUUCCGAUGAAAUGGUUGUGUCCGAUAAGAAGUUCUUUUUGGAAAAUGUUGAACUAAUUAAUCCUGAUAUAUUAAAAGCUGAUCAGGAAUGUGGUCAUGGUCAUAUAUUGGAUUCUUUGGGUAAUUGCAGUAAAUUACGAAAGUAAAUUAAGAACCAUAAAUUAACGAAGGAAAAAAGUAUUGUAUUGUAAAA